GUAUGCGCUGCAAUGCCCAACUGCAGCCCACGCAUCUGGUGAAUUAUGGUGAAAUAUGAGAGACACAGAAAGAGCCGGCAGCUCAAAAACAGUUAGUCGUGAUGAGAUGACACAGCCGCUGCACUGAUUAGUCAAAUAGGGGAGAAGGACAGAUAUGAAGGAAUAGACGAACGACCUGAAGGCAACUUAAAAGAGGAGACAAACUGGAUAAAAUACAUGCGUCUGUGCGCCAAGAGAAUCGCGCUGUUUGCAGGCAGAUCUGCCUGUAUCUAAGUGUGUGGAGCCUUUACAUCCUCCUGGCCAAACGUGGCCCCACCUUGUCUGAAAGCUGCAGGCCCUAUCUCUUUCCACCAUGACGGUUGCUACCAGCGACCCUACGGAUGAAGCAGCAGCACAUCCAGGUCAGCCUCAUGAGCAAUACGACCCAGAACCAGAUCACGAGUGUUGUGAGAGGGUUGUCAUCAACAUCUCUGGCUUACGCUUUGAGACUCAACUGAAGACGCUGUCUCAGUUUCCAGAGACACUGUUGGGUGAUCCGAAGAAAAGGAUGAGGUAUUUUGAUCCCCUCAGGAAUGAAUACUUUUUUGAUCGGAAUCGACCAAGUUUUGAUGCUAUUCUGUAUUACUACCAGUCUGGAGGGAGGCUGCGCCGGCCUGUCAAUGUGACCCUGGACAUUUUUUCUGAGGAGAUCCGGUUUUAUGAAUUAGGUGAGGAGGCUAUGGAAAUCUUCAGGGAAGAUGAAGGUUUCAUAAAGGAAGAGGAGCGACCACUGCCAGAGAAUGAGUUUCAGAGACAAGUGUGGCUUCUGUUUGAAUACCCAGAAAGCUCAGGUCCAGCUCGCAUCAUUGCCAUAAUCUCUGUCAUGGUGAUUCUUAUCUCUAUUGUCAGCUUCUGUCUGGAAACACUGCCAGUUUUCCGCAAUGAAGAUGAGGAGAUUUACAGUUAUCCAUUCCAGUCCAUGUCCAACUCCACCUCUACUUAUGAUAGCUCAACAUAUUUUACAGAUCCUUUCUUUAUUGUGGAGACCCUCUGCAUCAUCUGGUUCUCCUUUGAGUUCCUAGUUAGGUUCUUUGCCUGCCCGAGCAAAGCUGGAUUUUUUGGCAACAUCAUGAACAUCAUAGAUAUUGUAGCGAUCAUUCCUUACUUCAUUACCCUGGGUACAGAGCUUGCAGAAAGACCAGAGGACAGCCAGGCAGGCCAGCAGGCUAUGUCUUUGGCUAUUCUUCGUGUCAUUCGUCUAGUGAGGGUGUUUCGUAUUUUCAAACUCUCACGCCAUUCUAAAGGGCUCCAAAUCUUAGGGCAGACUCUUAAAGCUAGUAUGCGUGAGCUGGGCCUACUCAUCUUCUUCCUGUUUAUUGGUGUAAUCCUCUUCUCCAGUGCAGUCUACUUUGCAGAAGCAGAUGAGCCACAUUCCCAGUUCAGCAGCAUCCCCGAAGCCUUUUGGUGGGCAGUGGUUUCUAUGACUACAGUAGGCUACGGAGACAUGGUCCCAACAACUAUUGGAGGAAAAAUUGUGGGGUCUCUUUGUGCUAUUGCUGGUGUGCUGACUAUUGCACUCCCUGUGCCUGUCAUUGUAUCCAAUUUCAACUACUUCUACCACAGAGAGACAGAAGGUGAGGAGCAGGCACAAUAUCUAAAUAUCUCAAGUGUGCCUAAAGCCAGCUCAGCUGAUGAUCUGAAGAAGAGUGGUCGAAGUGGCAGUGGAUCCACUCUUAGCAAGUCUGACUAUGUGGAGAUCCAGGAGGCUGUUAACCACAGCAUAGAGGACUUCAGACCAGAAGGCAUGAAAACAGGAAACUGUACACUGACCAACACUAACUAUGUAAACAUCACUAAGAUGCGUACAGAUGUAUAAUGUCAACCUCUGCUGGGAUUUGAAGAGACUUUAGCAAGAGGAAGAAUGGGUGGCUUCCACUACUGGCCAUGUUUGGGGCCGAGUAAGGGCGUACGGAGCAGGGUGAGAGUGAGAUCAACAUGGAAAAAGGGUCAUAUUCCCUCACUAAUUUGUGCAUAUCUUAAAACUGCCAUCCAUCUUAUUUAGGACAUUGUGAAUGUCUGCAUGGAGUGAGUCUUAAAAUACCUACAAUAUGUGACAGUCAUCCUGCUUGCAUCAUUAGCCAAAUAGUAGCCAAACCAGUACUUAUCAAUUUCAAACAGUGUAAUGAGACCACCACUUUCUACCUUAUUGCUCACACUGCUACAGAGUAGAUACAUGAAAACAAUGAUUGAAAUAUGUUAUCUUUUUUAAAAUAGAAAUGUAACUUGUGAUUUAAACAGGUAAUACCAUCAGCAUUCAUGAGCAGCCUUAAUCUGCUGUUUUUAACUGCCAAGGUCCUGACUUAGAGAAAGACAGAAUCACCAACGUCACAGCUUUUCUGUGAGAGGAACUGAGCAAAACAGAUAGACAAAACAGUAAUGCUAUUUUCUGUCUAAAGGAAAGUUUUUGCUCUCUGUGUUAGUUAAAAAUCUUGAAUGCACUUCAGCAUUCAGUCAUACUCUGACCCUCAGUAGAUCUUUUACAGUACAAACUAGUGACAUCUGUAAAGACCAUUACUUGGAUCUGGAGUGCUGAAAAUAUGUACCUCAACAGCACAUCAGUGUUCUUUCCCCUCCAUUUCUUGUCAGUCAAAUCUAUCUCAAGUGACUUUAUUAUAUGUAUGUUGUAUGUAGACACUAGCCAAGACUUUGCCUUUUUGUGCUCUUACCAAUGAGGACUAGCAGAAAAACAUAAGAAAUGUCUCUCUGAACAUACCGAAUGUCUUGGUUGCUUAUUAAUGUUUUUUCAUAUAGUUUGUAAUUUUUUCUUUAUUUUUUUGUAUGAUUUUUUUUCUAAAUAGAUAAUGUACUUCUGAUAUAUAUUUUGUAUAGUUAACACGCACAGUGUUGAAUGAAAGAUAAGAAAUAUUUUCAUUGUCGUGUUCAGAGUGCCUAUUGCACCAUGCUCUUUAACUGUACCUUUAAGUGUCUCUCCAGACUGAUUUUGACUCCACUGCCCAGAAUAAUGUGUCCGUUCUUCACUUCAUAUCAUUUCACGUUAAAAUUAGAUUUAUAGGCAAAUGACCUUUAGUAAGUUGGAAUUUUUACCUGAAGCUCAUAUCAACACAGUCUAGGACUUUUUUUUUUACCUGCAAAGUUAACCAAUCUGUUAUGGAAUCAGUUAAGCUUUACAUGCUGUUAACUCUAAAAGACAGAAAUUGCAGAUUUUCAAAAACAUAUGGCCAAAGAAAAAGCUUAACUAAGAUUAGUCUGAGUGUGUUAACGUCCACAACUUGUCAGCAAACCUUUGUAUUACUAAAUCUUGGAAGAAUUUAUGGAAGUGUGUGAAGCUACAGUGAGCUUGCCUUCAGCUUCCAGCGAUAAAAUAAUCAUAGUGAUAAUUUUGAAUAAUUUGGCCAAUUCAAGGUGAUUCACCACUUUAGCCUGUCCUGCCUAUUUCCCUUUUAUUUCUCCCCUUAAGCAAUACUUCCAAAUAGUUAUUCCCCACAUGCCUGUGGAAGAAGUUGAUCUCAAGAUAAUCAUUUGCCACUGUUUUUUACUUUGUGCUGCCACAUGUUUAUAUAUGUAAUGGGCUCUAAAAAAUAAUCUGUCUCAGUUUGCUGUAUGCAAGUUAACCUGUCAUUCCACUGUACCAUUUUGUUGUCAUAUAGUAACGUAAGAUAGGGGUCCCUAUGUACUACAGAGCAGGUCCAUUUCUGCUUUUUGUGGAGCUGCAUGUCCUUUGAAAUUAUAGAAUGCACAAAUAUGAAUACUAUUUAAAAAGCAAAUUAACAACAUUAUAUUCUUAUGUCUUUAGAGAAGAUGGUACUUAUGUUGCAAUCAAUGUGAAGUUCUCACUUAUGGGAGGCAACUUAUAAGUCAUCUCUGGUGCCAUCAGGAUUGAGGACGUAUCAGCAUAGUAAUCAUUAGAGAAAACAGAAAAUGUUUAAGAUGUUGUCAACAUGGUGAAGUUACGAGCUAGCUGUCUCCAGACGAUGAAAUCUCAGUCCUACAAUUCAACAUGUGUAACCAUGUGCCAUAAUGAAAGCACAACAAUUUCUAUCUGCUGCCAGACCAAUGGAUGCACAGAGAUUCAUAGUCGGGUCAGUCUGAAUUUGCUCUGCUGAGUGCAUCAGAAUGCUACAAGGAAAUGUCUGAGUACCCCUAUAGCUGAUAUAUAGGUCCAUCAAGCUUAGUAUGUUAUGUUGUCUGUACAUUUGUGUGUCAUGGAGUGAGUGAGAGACAAAUAGAUUGUGAGAGGAAAGGAGAGCUUUUAGAUAAAAACAAGCUGAGUGUGUAGCUUAUUAGCAUGUAGCUGCUCCUCUUGAACAGAUCUACAAUGAUAGUGGUGCUCUUUGCGGUUUAUUGCAUCUGAGCACACGGUUUGCAGUCUGUCUGCUGCAUAUAUUUAACACAAGCAUAUACUAAAUUAACCAGAGAAAAGUUAAAUAAAUGUCCUGCUACACCCUUAAGAUAAUCUGUGUGUAAGUAUGUGUUGACUUGUGAGAUAAGCUACAUCCAGGACCAGUUAAGAGAGGAAAUGGAAGGAAGAAGAGGAAACAGUUGGAAGGAAAAUAUGAUAAUGAAAGUAAAAUAAACACUGCCCACACCCUCCUUUGCAUUUUACUCUGGUGUGCACUUGUUUUUCUCUGAUCUGUCUUUGUAUUCUAAAGCACCUAUGUCAUCUUAAACUUGUCUUGGACUGCUGUCCUUUCAGUUCUUGUUACCAAGUACAAAAUUGAAGUGACACUCUGUCAAGACAAAAACACUCUCUUUGAGAAACCAACAGGAUGGCGCAUCAGGAUCUGAACUGCAGAAAACAAAUCUUUGCUGCACUAGACAACACAAACAAAUGAACAUUUAAACACACAAACCCAAACUGAAAAUCUGAACGCAUGUUGCCUGUGUGCUCAUGUGUACAAACACUGCCUGUGAACAAUAGCCUUCAUGGACAUGUCUACUGUCAGGACAGAUGCCCUUAUCGGACCUCACAGCCACAAUGGACUUCAACCCACUGCUGAUGGGUUUGCACUCCUGUAGCCAUGUAGAUAUAUCUAAGAUUUUCAGCUGCUUUCAAUGAUGUCUUAAAAUGCCUAAAGCUUCAGCUUUAAAUUAAGCUUCUGCCAUGUAUAGAUUCCUGUAUUACAGUAGGAAAUUGAGGUGUAUACUUGCUGAAUCCCUGAAACUGAAGUAAUUUAGUAUGUAAGUGAAUUGUCUUUCAGGUUUAUACUACAGACAGGAAUGACAGAAUUAUACAAAGAACAUAUAUAUAUAUAUAUACAUAUAUAUAUAUAUAUAUAU